UUAAACAAACGAUUCAGAAUCGGAUUUUUCGUUCAUCCACGCAGGUCCACGCAAGCUUUGGAAUUUAUAAUUAUUUGAAAAAAUGUCCAGUCAGGAAAGACUUAUUCUCCGGAAAAUGGAUUUUCCCGAUUCAGCCAGGGAAGCACUUCCGAUAAUAGAAAAUCUUAUCAUCCAUCGGAACAAGCACGACAUUGCUAUGGAUCUUGUUGCAGAGUUUGUCUUUCGAGAACGCAAAGAUGAUCAAUCACGGCAACAGCAGAAACAAGCUCCCAUCCCGAGGCUGUCGUCAAUUGAAGAGUUCCAGCUUGUACUGGCAUUGUGCGAUUUCUUCUCCCGACCUGGGCCGGAUGCCACAAGGAAUGCUGUGUUCUUCUCACUGUUUGGUGGUUCAAUUGGGCGUUCCAGCGUGCUCAACAAAUUAAUCAGUACUGCUGUCUCGGGAUCAAUCGCACCGCUUCUCUGUGCAGCAGGAACAUGGAUGCAACAGUUGGGUUGUACCUCUCCACCGAGUUUAGAACUAGCCCAGUGCAUUGUGAAAGAUUUUGUCAUCUUUUCAAACAAACCAUCCGAACAGCUGAAAUCUCUGCCAAUGGUUGCACCACGAUUUGCUGCCAAUUUCAUGACAGCCGUUACGGAUCUCUAUCUAAACGGUGGCAAGGGGCAGCUAGCUGCUCCGCCAGAUCUAUUGCUAGAUGUUAUAACUGAAUGGGUUUCGGAAAAUCCUGCCUUAUGUUUGGCGUCUCAACAACCAAUGGCUCUCCCUUCAGGUGCAAUCGCCAUGCCUGUUGUUACUCCUUUAGCCGGAUUGAUUCGAUGGUGCGUUCUUUCGCUCUUGACCACCGAUCGGCAACAACUUUAUAGUAAACUUCAUCUAGCCGUGCUUCAAAGUCUGCUGGAAGCAACUCCACCCCCAACAACCCCACCGAGUGCCGUCAAUGCUCAACAUCUGGGCUUGAUAAUCAAUUCGUUACAAACGGAAAUGGACGCAAUGCUAAAGGGGGGCAAAUCUUUGAACGAAGAGUUUAUUCACUGCUGCCUCGAACGGUUCGCCCAGGCCGUGCAGGUGGGUCUCACCUCUCGUUGUAUCUUUGGAAACAUUCCUCAGCUGGUGUGCCGACUGGAGACAUUGCCCAGCAAAAACAAACUCCUACAGAUUGUGAUCAAUGCUAAUAAGACGGUUUAGAGAUGAUGCGUUCUACAAAUUCUACUCUAUAAUCUCAAUCCUAAAAUUCCUAGAAUGCUUUAAUGACUGUUUUUAUCAUUUAAAUAAAAGAACAAUACCAGAAUUUAGUUGAAUUUUCAACAUGAUUAAUAUUUCAUCACGUACAUACAUAUCUCAUUAAAAAAUAAAAACAAACUAGGUACGUU